AUGGAGUUCGCGAGGAUAAACAACGUCGGCGAGUGCGUGCGGGCGGAGGCGGCGGCAGUGCGCAAGGGUCCCUGGACCGUGGAGGAGGACAUCUUGCUCAUGAGCUACAUCGCCCUCAACGGCGACGGCGGAUGGAACAACCUCGCCCGCGCCGCCGGUCUGAACCGCACUGGGAAGAGCUGCCGGCUGCGGUGGCUCAACUACCUCCGCCCCGGCAUUCGCCACGGGAACUUCACGCCGGAGGAGCACGCGCUCGUCGUCGAGCUGCAGUCCAGAUGGGGCAACAGGUGGUCCAAGAUCGCGAGGCACCUCCCUGGGCGGACGGACAACGAGGUCAAGAACUUCUGGAGGACCAAGAUACAGAAGAAACGGAAGCCCUGCAGCGACGGCGUGACCGACGCCAUAGCUGCCGAGCUGGCCACGACCUACUCCCAAGCCAGCACUAGCAUGAGCCAGGAAAGCUGCAGCACGCUGCUACAUGGUGGCUUAAUCAGCAGCACUCACGUGGACGUGGCUGUGGAGCCUAGCUUGUUAUACUGGGAUCAUCACCAGAGCUUCUCCUCCGUCAAUGGUGCCGGUGCUGGUCCCAUGACCGCGCUUCCUGAGCUUGUGGCCGCUGAGUCGAGCGACAAUUUCAGCUGGGCCUUCGAGGACGUCUGGCCGGUGCCAUUGCAAUCGUUGAACUUCAGCUUUUGA